AUGCGGCGUGCCACGGCAGAGGGCGAACGCCGCCCAGCCACCCCGGGCGCGCUGGGCAGCGUGUGGGGCAGCAGCGGGCGCAGCCACAGUGUGGACCUCACGGCGCUGGGGAAGCACGGGGAGGUCUACACGGAGGGGCCCUUCGCCUGUCUGGCCUGGUCCCGCUCGGAGACUCGGCUGCUCUACGUGGCCGAGAAGUGCCGGCCCAAACCGCGGCCCCCCUGCCCCUGGGAUGUGCCGGGAGCAGCCAGGCCGGCGGAGGAGGACGAGGAGGAGGAGGGCGAGCAGUUCGUGUACCAUGAGGACUGGGGGGAGGCGCUGAGUACCCGCAGCGUGCCCGUCCUCUGCGCCCUGGACCUGGAGGGCAGCAGCCUCUCGGUGCUGGAGGGCGUCCCGGAGCACCUCUCCCCUGGCCAGGCCCUGUGGUCCCCGGAUGACCGCGGCGUGGUGUUCGUGGGCUGGUGGCACGAGCCCUUCCGCCUGGGGCUAAGCGCCUGCUCCAACAGGAGGUCGGGGAUUUUCUACUUGGACCUGGCCGGUGGGCGCUGCGAGCUGCUGUCAGCUGAGCAUGGUGCCGCCUGCUCCCCACGGCUCAGCCCCGACGGCCGGCGCCUGCUCUACCUGGAGGGGGGUCUGGGGGGGCCCCACCGGCAGUGCCUGCGCCUGCACAUGUUUCCCCGGUGGGGCAUGUCCCUGACCGCCGGCUCUCCCCAGCUCACCUGGCAGACGAGGCAGACGGUGACGGUGCUUGACGUGGUGCAGGAGUCCACGGAGGGUGAGUGUGCCUUCACCGGGCUCUACGGGGAGGCACUGCCACCACGGUGCUGGGCAGCUGACAGCCGGCGAGCCGUGCUGGGCACCCCGCAGCGGAGCCGCACGGACCUGCUGCUCGUGGACACAGAGGCGGCCACCGUCACCAACCUGACGGCAGGGUCACCAGAAGGGUGCUGGGAACUGCUCACCCUCCAGUGGGACCUGCUGGUGGCCACCUGCUCAGCCCCCCACCGCCCCCCAAGCCUGGUGGUGGCGGUGCUGCUGCCGGCGGGCCGGGAGCUGCCCCUCCGCUGGGUGCCAGUGGAGGAUGCCCCAACGGUGCCCGGUGUCACCUGGAAGACCCUGACAGUCCAUCCACUCUGCAGCGGGCAGAGCCCCGCCGCACACGGUGCCCAGGCCUUUGAAGCCCUGCUGCUGAGCCCGAAGGACGGCACAGCACCGCAUCCCCUCGUCGUGUGCCCCCACGGUGGACCCCACGCCGUCUUCGACGCCCGCUGGCGCCCGAGCAUGGCCGCGCUGUGCCGGCUGGGCUUUGCCGUGCUCCUGGUGAACUACCGUGGAUCCCUGGGUUUCGGCCAGGCUGGCAUCAGCUCCCUGCUCUCCCACGUGGGUGAGCAGGACGUGGCGGACACCCAGGUGCGGACGCCGGUGCUGCUGUGCGUGGGUGCCCGGGACCGGCGUGUCAGCCCCACGCAAGCGCUGGAGCUGUACCGGGUGCUGCGGGCCAGGGGGGUACCGGUGCGGCUGCUGUGGUACCCGGAGGGCGGCCACGCGCUGGCCGGCGUGGAGACGGAGGCCGACGUCUUCGGGAAUUGCGCCCGCUGGCUCCUCCGACACCUGGGGCAGCCCCAGAGGGACGGGACAGGCCGGCACAGCCCCUAG